AUGGAGGCAGCGGAAAUCCAUCUUGCGACGCAACCCAACACGCCAGGCAAGGCCUUUUACCAGCGCGGCAUUGAAGCCCUUGCUUCAACUCUCGAACCGUCCAAGCCACCGUCCGCUUCGCUGAAAAGGGCUUCAACGCUAGACGACUUGCUGAUGAAGCCUGUCCAGCGUGUGACGAAAUAUCCACUGCUGUUCGACCAGCUCGCCAGGUCCACCACGGCGGCUGACUGCCCAAACUCGCACAUGGAAGUCGACACGGCGCUGUUCCGACUACAAGAGGCGACUUUAGCUUUGAAUCGCAACACCAAUGAUCCCAAUGUCCGGGCUGUUCUCGAGAAAACUUGGCUUUUGCAGGAUCGGCUGGUAUUUCCCGGUAGAAGAAUCGAUGCCAUGACCAAGAACCAAGUCCGUGGCUUUGGCAGAAUCCAAAUGUGCGGUGCUCUGCAUGUGAUCUGGUCAGCGGCCGACGGAAUCAAAGAUCAGAUCUACACAAUCAUGCUCUGCGUAAAUCUGGAUGACGCCCGAGUCGAGACAACGACAAACGAUCAUGAGGAAGAGAGUUGGCGCAGCCGUCUCACUCGCAUCAAACCGGAGGCCCAGCCCGCGCGACAGCAGGGCGCUUCGACAUCCUUGGAGAUGGAUAUCAAGAGCUUCGGUACAGUGUUGGGGAAAGACAAUAAAACCCCACCGCGAGAUUCCAUCAACCGAGCCUGUACCGUCGGUGCCAGAAGGACAACGACUCCGGUGAUUCUCAGAAAUACCUGCGCCGCUGGAAAUGGCAGGAGUAUUCCGACCUCGAACGUGGCUAUCAACCGUUCUCAGUCGCUUCUGGCCACCAAUUUCCGGCAGACAAUUCUGGCGCCACCAGCAGCUAAGAGAAUCCGUCUGGAGUCGAUCCUCGAGGACGUGUGGACACGCGACACGCUUCCGUUUCCGGGAAUUACUGGCAGGGCUCGAAAUGAUCACCUGAUGCGAGCUUCGUCGAUGAUGAGGAAGCUCAGCAUGACCGGCAUCACAGUCUCAUUCAGCAAACGAUCCUUGAGCAUGAGUAUGAAGUCAGCCCAGCCAAUGGGAACAGACACAGGCCAGAUACGCGAGGAGCCUCAUGAGCCUGGGAUCCGGAAGACGGCGAAUCAGCCUCUGAGACGGCCCAAAAACGAGGGCGAUGAUCUCGUCGUCAAACGCCCAAGGAUGCGGGAGGCUGCAACAUUUCUUGCGGUGCCAACAAAGCUCUCUGAAGUGACUGUGCACAAGCCCGAGCGGCAAGUCGUGGCUGAGGGUCUGCGGUUGCAAGGCUGCAAUGAUGAACGAGCUGAGAGCCCAGGCGAGGUUCUGCGCAAAUCAUCCAUAAACAGUGCGCGCACUGUUUCACAAGACAGGACGACAGCCCAGACGGCCGCACGGGGGGAGGAGAAUCGAGAGCCAGGGCCUGCGAAGCCAGACGCUGGGAACCUCGCGAACCAAAGUCGAAGGGAUAAGCUGGCGUCUCCGAAGACAGAAAGGGCUGGUCUGUUGCGGUAUCUACUCCGCUGA